AUCCUAACAAAUCCGGGAAUAUAUACCGUCAUUGAUUUGAAUAGUAUCAAUUCAUCGUGAGAAAAACAAACAUGGCGGAAAUUGAAAAGUGGAUUGAGGUAGCAAAAGAAUGUAAAUACCUUCCUGAAAAUGACCUUAAAAAACUGUGUGAUAUGGUCUGUGAACUCCUGCUAGAGGAGUCCAAUGUCCAGCCUGUUUCUUCACCAGUUACAGUGUGUGGGGAUAUACAUGGACAGUUUUAUGACCUGAUGGAAUUAUUCCGAACCGGAGGGCAGUGUCCAGACACAAAUUACAUUUUUAUGGGAGACUUUGUUGAUCGGGGAUAUUACAGUUUGGAAACUUUCACAUUGUUACUGACACUAAAAGCCAGAUGGCCAGACAAAAUAAUUCUGUUGAGAGGAAAUCAUGAAAGCAGACAGAUCACUCAGAUUUAUGGAUUUUAUGAUGAAUGUCAGUCUAAAUAUGGGAAUGCCAAUGCCUGGAGAUAUUGCUGUAAAGUGUUUGAUCUUCUCACGGUAGCAGCAAUUAUAGAUGAGUGUGUAUUAUGUGUCCAUGGAGGUCUCUCCCCAGAUAUAAAGACCAUUGACCAGAUUAGAACCAUUGAGAGGAAUCAAGAAAUCCCUCACAAAGGAGCUUUUUGUGAUAUCCUUUUUUGUUCAGAUUUCAAUUCCGAGAGUUCCAAAAAUUCUACCAAUCAAGUAAAACUUGAAUCGGAAUUAGUUCACAAUAUGGUUGCAGCUCAACAAGUAAAGAACAUCUUCCUAUUAAAUGAUUUAUUGAAAGACGCAAUGGAGGAUGAAAGUGUGAAUGAAUGCUGUGAAGAACAGAACAUCAUGAUGUUUGCUGUGUGCACACUGCAGCUCGUACGUGAACUCAACAAUUACAUGUAA